GACCUCUUUGCCCUCCAGAAACCAGGAAGGGAAUUGAGUUGAUCUGCUGGCGCUUGGUUAGCGCAUACGGGGCUUUGAGCAGCACGACAGUUAGAGAGAGAGGGAGGGAGAGGAGGGCUGACCCAUAACAAGCACCACCACGGCCAUCGCAGCUCCUGUGUACGGGACAGGACACCUGCAAGCCUCAAUGGUGACUGGGCUGUAUGAGACAGGCAGACGGACAGACGGCAGGACGGACACGCGGGCGGCGGCUGUGAUUGGCGGCUCUGCGGCAGGCUGGUGGAAGAUGUCGUUGGGAGCCGGCGGAAGGGGCGGGCGGCGGCUCAGGGGCACUGGUGGUGGAGGAGGAGGGAGAGGGGAGGUGGCGGAGGAGGGCCUGGUAGGCAUCCCCUUCCCCGAGCACAGCGCAGACAUCCUGGGCAGCCUGAACAAGCAGCGCCUCAGCGGCCUGCUGUGUGACGUGCUCCUGGUCAACCAGGAGAAGGAGUUCCCCGCCCACCGCUCGGUCCUGGCCUCCUGCAGCCCCUACUUCUACAAGCUGUUCACCUCUGGUCCAACUGCCGACCAGCAGCAUGUCUACUCCAUCGACUUUGUGGUGGCUGAGGCCCUAGGCGCCUUGCUGGACUUUGCCUACACAGCCACGCUGACCGUCAGCCACAGCUCCGUGGGAGACAUCCUGGCCGCUGCCCACCUGCUGGAGAUCUCGCCGGUUCAGGAAGUCUGCACUCACCUGCUGGACACCAAAGUGCUCUCCCCGCCGGCGGGCAGUGAGCGAGGAGAAGAAGAGGAUGAGGAGGAUGGGGAAGGUGGAGGAGGAGAGGUGGAGCAGGGGAAUCGGCUGCGGGCCCAGGAGUAUCUACAGUACUUCCAGAGAGGGGCCCACUGGAGCAGCAGCUGCAGCACGCCAGAGCUCAGGGACAUGCCCACAAACCUGCACUUUAAUCAUGGCAAUGGGGCCCGAAGCAACGGGGCCCCCGGGGGCCCCAGAGAGUACUACUCUCCCCUGGACCUCGCCCUGACCCAGGCCCCCACACAGGACCCUGAAGAUGAUGAGGAUGAGGAGGACGAAGGGGAAGUGGAGCACUCUGAAAGUGGCAGGGACAUGCUGGCCUGGGCCAGGGGUAACGGAGGGGGUCCAGGGGCCUCUUUCUACGUCCCAGCCCAGAACGGACAUUUUUACCUGCCAACGAAGCCCAAACUGGAGACGGAGGAAGAGGGGGAGGAAGAGGGGGGGCGGGAUGGAGAGAGGGGCUCGGCCAGCGCCCUCCUGCAGAAGAUGAUGGACUCCAUCGAGAGGCAGAAGGAGCGGGCCGCGGCCGGGGAGGAGCUGGGGGAGGGAGGGGCCGCGGCCGGGGAGGAGCUGGGGGAGGGAGAGGACCCGGACGUGGAGUUUUACUUGAAUUACUUUAACAGCACGCAGCACGAAGAUGCCGCCGUCUCACAGGGACUGCUGCCCCUCUGGACGGCACGGGGCGGCUCUAGCCGAGAGAGGGGAGGAGAGAGGGGAGGAAAGGGAGGAGAAGAGAGAGGGGGCGGAGGGGAGAGGAAGAUGCGCUCCAAGGCCUUCCAGAAGUGCCCCAUCUGCUCCAAGGUCAUCCAGGGUGCAGGCAAGCUACCCCGCCACAUCCGCACGCACACGGGAGAGAAGCCCUAUGAGUGCGCCAUCUGCAAAGUGCGCUUCACCAGGCAGGACAAGCUCAAGGUUCACAUGCGUAAGCAUACGGGAGAGAAGCCUUACCUGUGUACGCAGUGCGGUGCUGCGUUCGCCCACAACUACGACCUGAAGAACCACAUGCGCGUGCACACAGGCCUGCGGCCCUACCAGUGCUCCAGCUGCUUUAAGACUUUUGUGCGUUCAGACCACCUGCACCGCCACCUCAAGAAGGAUGGCUGCAACGGCAUCCCCUCCCGCCGCGGCCGCAAACCUCGUGUGCGGGACCCCGGGCUCCUGGAGGUCCCUGUGGGGCUGGCGGGCCCCGGCCCUCGGAGUGGCAGGGGGAAACGGCGCAUGGAGGCGGCUUCAGCUGCGGCGGUGGAGGGGGCCUCCAGGGCCCAUGUACACAGUCCUCAGUCCCAGGAGAUGGCAGGGGAGCCGGGGGACUGAGACAGGGAGGGACGCUGGACGCCAUAUUCAUACUGGGACCCAGAGAGGCCGCCACCGAAACCAAGGGAGAAAACAACACGCUAUGAACAACGGCAAACAAAAUAAACACAACAACUAACUAUUCCUCUAUAUACCAAAUCAGGGUGUCACCAAUCUAAUAUUUUCAGUUUAUUUUAUCCCUUUGCUUUAGGAAACAGAGUAGACACACACACACGAGUCAGCGUUCUGUUGAAGAGCAAAGAACGCUUCAAAUCACACCUCCAUGAUGUCUCCUUUCUGGGUCAUUUCUGUCUCAUCUGGGUUUCUGUACAUUUGGCAAAAGUGCUUAAGCUUAUGUAUAACCAAACAACAGAAAAACCUGAGAAACUAUGCAGUUAAAAUAGAUUCUAUUGGUUUGGACUUCAUAGCCUUCAAACUUUGAGGUGUCCCACAUCUAUUGGCUGCUGCAUUGGUGAACGGAGUGUGAUCUCUCAUAUUCAGAUGGAGAGCAACCAAUCUUUUUCUAUUCUUUUGCAUUUCUACAAUGUACAGUUACUAUAGAAAUAGUAGUAUUGUCAGAAUAUGACAAUAUAUGCAAGAUUAACUCAACCACACCUCUGAUGCAGAAAUAAUCAUUGUUUUCAAAUGCUCCAGAAAGAAUCAGACAAGGAUUUUAUUUAAGUGUCACUUACUCUUUAAAAUAUAUUUUUAAAUCUAUGGUUCAUCUUUUUAAAAUGUUAAAUGUCGAGUUGAAUCCAUGUUUGGGGGGGCUCUUCCAUUGCAGGGGUAAGGACCGCAAGAGCAGGGGGUGUGUUUCUAAAGCACUACUAUGGUCAUGUUGCCAGGUGACCAGGUCGUUGACUACCAAUCACAACCCUGACAUUUCAGCCUUUCUAUUUUCUUUUUGAUUUGUCUUAAUUUUUUCCCGUUGUUUGUUUCUUGUUUGAGUUGACUGCUUUGGGUACUUGACACUUUACAUUUGUAUACAUGUAGAUACGUUAGGCGGUGAUUAUAUUGGUCCCUUUUUAAUGCUGAGUAAUAUUAGCCUACCAAUUGGGGUUUCCUUCAGCUUGAUGUCAGAUUUCUCACAGAGUGAAGCUUGUGGGUGAAAGAGAAAAGAAACUGUAUGAAUGUUAGAGUAUAUUGAAUUGAGAAACCCAUUGGUCCUAAACUUAACACUUGAUUGAGAUGUAUAGAGUUGCUGCCCAAAGAAAGAAGAGUUACUAGCUAACUGCUUUGUGCAGUUCUGACAGAAUCUUCCCUGGUGUGAGGAGAGAGGGCAGUGUCUAACCAACAGCAGGUUGAAAGAGACCAAAAGCAGGGAUAGACAGAUGAGAUGAGCACCUUUUUUAUACGUUUGCACAGCUUUACUAAAGAUAUCCAACAGAGAGAUGUAUAUUUAAAGGGGGUCGUCAGGGAAAGGAGGUGUGUAAUAGUGCGUAUUCCAAUCUUUUUUUUGUCCUGGGGACCACGAAAACCACGAGGCAACCUGUGUGGUGAAGAGAGCAAUAAAUACCUGUCCAAGUUGGGAGGCCAAAUAAGUGCGCAGCUGGGUGUUGGGGGAUGGGUGGCGAGGGGAGGGUGAGUGGAGGGGGAUUUCACAAUGUCUGUUGCAUUCCAAAAUAUAAUCUCCUCGGCACAGCCAUGUUUCCAGGCAGAACGGGUUCAAAUCAGGCCUCCUCUCUCCCACUUUAGUCCUCCAAUGCCCCAAAACCAGCCUGUGGAGUGCAGGGUAUUAUAGAGCCCUGGGUAGAGAAGGUCUACUCAGUGGCUGACUGGACUGCUGCUGGGUGUUUGUGUGUGUGGCAGCCAGGGUCUUUUCUCUGGCCACAUCAGUGCAGUGUGACUCACUCACAGACGGGCUGGGAGUGUCAGCAGCUCCUCCAGUUGUGGGCACGUUCAAACACGCUCCCCAAACUGCUGGCGCACUAAAAACCAGGCAGACACUAAAGUGGGCGAAAAACACGAGGGCAGCCACUAGGUGUUGCUCUACAGACUUAUGACGUGUGUUCGGUAUGGGCCACUGGCUCAUAUACAUCUGGACAUGUUUGUCUUGGUCAGUACACUCUUAACCACACAGAGGAGAGGGUGCCGUGCCAGUGACUUAGAUCCAAUUCCCUGCCAUUGCUGCAAUGCGGUGUCCUGAGUAUCAGUCCUUUGCACACCUUAAUGGGAAAGAAGCAGGUUCUGAAUGCACUUUGUUACUGAGAAGGGCACUUUUGUCAAAGAAACGGGUACUUUGAAACAAAGUAAGGCGAAUGAGCUUAAUAUCCCCAACGCAAGUGCUGCCGUUAAGCUUGUUUUCUGGUUUUGUUCAGUUUUUGACGACAAGCUGCCAAAAAAGAAAGAAAUGUAUGUGCGUUUUGGAUCUCUUAAGAGAAUUCAGGCAGGUUCAGAAAUUAACAUGUUGGGUUUUGUGACCAUACAAACUUUUAAAAAUACAAAAUAACCCCAUGUAACUGAUUGCACUUGAAGUUAAGUUUUGGUUAAAAAAAUAUAUAUAUAUAUAGUCUAUAUUCAUGUCUUAAUGCAGAGCAGGGGACGAGUGGAGGGGGUGGGGCCGGAGUGUGUGUGUGUGAGUGGUUGUGCAUGGCUGGAGGGUCUCAGGGCAAGCCUGGAUAAACAAACUAUCUCCACCCAUCUGUUCACCAGCUCCCCUCUCAUAGCUCCACAUAUUAUCGCAGGGAAGAAAACACAGUCAGACACCAACUCCAACUGCACGGCAGUUCCAUCAUACACAUACUAUUUUCCAAGUAGUGGCUAACUAAGGGGUGUGUGUGUGAGUAUACUUGAAACAUCCACACACCCUAAACCAUCUUUUCCAUAGCUUUUCACCGCUUUGUAUUCUGUUGCAAUCUUUAUUUCCCUGGGAUUUGUUAUUGAGCAGUUUGACUCCUUUUAGAUGAAUGUAUUCAUUAGUCUGUCAGUGUGGACAUCUACAAUGAUCAAGUCAAAUACUAGGAGGUAGUAAGGGGUGGUUGAUAUGUAUAGCCUGAAUGCCAGGAGCUCGGUGUAGGGUCAUGUAUAUGCACAGGUCUGAUGAAAGCCAUAGUUCGGUAAGGUGUUAGGCUUCUAAGUUACCCCUCCCAAGCAUAUGUAACCAUUUAAACAGGUGACAUUCUUGGGCCUUAGUAUUGUGAUUUCAAGUUGUAUUCCUAUUUUAUUUCUGUAUUCUUUGGCUAAGCCAAAAUUGACCCAGAUUGCGCAUAGGACACUCUUAUAGAGAUAUGCCCUAGUUGCUCUUCAUGUCUGGUGUAUAAUAUGAGGGUAUGAAAGUAAUCCCAGACAUUAUAUCUAGAAUGACACCGCCUCUGACCAAGCCACACACCAAUGAAGCCCACCCCCUCAAUAUGUAUGCAGGAAAUUGUGUGAAAUCAUACACAACAUUUACUUGAGUUCACAUUUCUCCCUUUAUUUCUGUGGACUUUACAAUGGUGGAGAUGGAAUAGCUUGUCCUUUAUGUCUUUAUGUAAAAAAAAAACAUCUUAAAGGUUCUGCUACAGCAUUCCUUCUUUUUCUAACCAACUUUAUGGCUGUUUUUGUGUGGGUGGGGGUCAGGGUA